AUGGCGAGGACCAGUCGCCGGCGAGAGGCUGCCAAAUUGAUGGCCAAACCAUCGGUCAAGGCCGAAUCCUCCCUCGACGACAUACUGGUCAACAUUCUAGACCGUCUCAAUUUCCGUGACGUUACAAGAACCAGUGUCCUCUCCAGACGUUGGAGUCAGCUUCCUGCCAAUCUCUCACGGCUUAAAAUAAGUGCUCGCGAUUUUCUGUCCCCACAAGCUAGCAUACCUGAUGAUGAAUUGGAUGAAAAAUUGCUUCGGAUCAAUGCAUUGCUUAGGAUCAAUGCAGUCAAUGCAGCCAAUGCAGCUGUGGUCAAAGCGACAAACAGCACGCUGGCACACAGAGAUCCAGGUGGAUGCACCAUCUGCCUCUUGAGCACGACGUUCUACUUGAGAGGUGAUACCCCAAUAUCUGUUGGGCAUACUGUUGGCAAUGCCAUGGCGACACUCAAGGUCGAGAAAGCCGAAUUCACAGUUUUGACACAGCAGAAAGGACGCGGGUGUAGUUAUUGA